UUAACAGCUGCAACCCAUGUGAUCAGACAUGGCAGAACAAAGUCCAGCUAAAAAAUUAAGGAAUCGGGUUAAGGGGUUCCUUUGCGACCUGAGCCCCAUAAAAGAGAGAUAUUUUGAUGCCGUUCUUCAACAUGAAGGUGAAUAUAGCAAAGUUGUGGUCUUCAGACCAGAAGAUCACAUGCACUUCCACAACGCUGAAAAGACCCGGAGCCUAGUUACACUAGAUGACGUGGUUUUACAGCCGUCUAUGGAGUCCAGCAGAAGAAUGAACGUCUUCUACACUCACAGAUCCAAAAUGUCCUGCGUUCGUGACCUCAGAGAAUCAUUUAACAACAGCUUGUUUGCUAGUCCACAAGCUGUGCUAUUGUCUGAACUUCUUAACCUGCAUACACAACCAAAGAGGGUCAGCAUUAAUGCAAAGAUCAUCCAGGAGGUGCACAGGGGAAACAGUGUUGUAUGGGAUGGACGGUAUCUUCCAAGAACCGAAUAUACUGUAGCAGAUACUACAGGCUGCAUGAGUCUGACGGUCUGGUGUGAGCACAGCAUUACUGUCGGUGAAUGGUACAACGUCACAAAUGUCUCUGUGAGAGAGUUCAGGGGAAAAACAUCCCUAUCAACUACCAAAGACACACAGAUCCUCAGCAUCCCAUCUCAAGGUACAGCAGCUGCUGUUCAAGUGCCAACAGAAACAAUUAAAUGUGACAUCAUUGGUGCAAACAUUAAAAAUCUCUUCAUUUGUCCUUGUAAACAUAUACUGAAGAACGUGACACUGUCAAGCCCAACUGAAUAUUGUGUCUCAUGCAACACACAUUAUAAAAGCACUGGCAUCAUAAUGAAGUUUAGUGGUCACCUGGAUCUUAAACCAGAAACAGGAAAUGCUGUGAAGCCAAAGAUUGAAGACGAGGUCAUAAGGUCAGUGCUCACAGUCAAUCCCAGUGCAUCACGACAGGACAUUAUUAAGAGCUUCAUUGCUUUGCCACACAUGCAGAUUACAAUUCGCGGGAACGUCGUUGUGAAGAUGGAAGAUGUUCCUCAGAAGGCUGAAAUCAAGUCUGAAGAUGAGCUUACUAUUAAAGUGGAACCUGUGGAAGAAUCUACAGUGUUUUAUUCACCCCCAGAUCAUGGCUUUCUAUUCAGUUCACAACUCAGAAAAAGAAAAUCGUCUGACUGAUCAUAGAAAAUCAUAACUUCCCAUUACUGUAUUAUUGAUAGACUUUAGAUAAA